AAAGAUUGCUCUGUUGGAUUCCACUUCUUCGAGAAAGUUCAAGAUCUACUAACCCGAGGAGCAGCAAGUGUGGAACAUUUCACCAUUGAUGGAAGUUUGUUUCUUGCUUUCGCCAGUUACUAUGGUGAUAUUAAGAAAUACAAGGCAAGUUCCAUGAUCUACAAGAUGGACAAAUCAAGUGGAAGACUUUCUUUGUACCAGACCCUGCAGACAAGGGGAGCGUAUGACCUGGAGUACUUUUAUAUCGCUAACAAACAUUUUCUUGCUGUCGCUUAUCUUUACGAUGGAACAUAUCGGCUGGACUCUACAGUCUACCGAUGGAAUGGAAAGCUGUUUGUGGACUUUCAGAAAUUAUCAACAAACGGAGCAAGACACUUCACGUACUUCAAGAUACACGGGGAAAAUUAUCUCGCAGUAGCCAACGGCCAUGAUGGAAGUACCCACUCUACAAAGUCAGUGAUCUACAAAUGGGGCAGUGGCAAGUUCAACAGAUUUCAAGACAUACCAACUGAAGGUGCCUUGGGAAGUACAGCGUUUGUGAUAAACGGUGACACAUUCAUCACUUUUGCAAAUCAUUACAACUCCCAACACAGGUAUUCUGUUCAGUCCACUGUGUUCAAGUGGUCAAGAGGUCAUUUCGUCAAACUGCAGUCCCUUCAGACUUACGGAGCGCACGAUGUCAAGUCUUUCAACAUCAACAGUCACACUUACCUCACUUUUGCUAGCCAUUACUCUGGAAGUAAAUACAACAUCGACUCCCUUAUUUACAAAUUGGAUGGCAACAAGUUCGUCCUGUUCCAGUCAAUUCCUACUCGAGGAGCCACCGCAUGGUUUCCAUUUGUGAUCAGCGGUCACACGUACCUGGGUGUAGCUAAUAACCACGGUGAUAGGCAGAAAGACAACACUCAGUCAGUUGUGUACCAGGCCUCUGGAGCGCGGUUUAUCAACUACCAAGAGAUUCCAACACAGGGGGCGUGUGGUAUGACGUCAUUUGAGCACAAAGGUCAUACUUACCUUGCAGUGGCAAACUACUACAAUGGACAGAAGUACAACAUAAACAGCACCCUGUACAAAUGGGUAUAG